UUGUUUGUCACAUCGAUCUGUUCGAUUCUAUUAGCUUAAUCGCUUUUACUUAUACUUUUUCAUCGACGAUCAAAGAGAUAUAAUGGACGACGAUUGGGUUCACGAUUUUAGUUCUUCUAAUGCACAGAAUACAUCUUCUUUUGAAGGUGGACGCAGUUAUGGAAAAGGACGUGGUUUUAUAAUACAAAACAACAACAAUGAUGAUUGGAGUGCAGGCUAUAAAAAUUCCAAUGGUGGAGAUACAAACAAUGAUGAAUCUGGUGGUGAAAAUAAUUGGCAACGUAAUGAUGAUGGCAAUGAUUUUGAAGGCACUGGUAGAGGAGGAGGCAAAGGGAGAGACAAUGGUAGAGGUGGAUUUAGAGGAAGGGGAAGUAAUCGGGGCAGAGGAGGAUUUAGAAAUAGAGAUGGUGAUGAUAGAAAUUCAGAUCACAGAAGAAACAAUGACUAUGAGGAUGGUGGUGAUACUGAUCAGGAUAAUAGAGGUGUGAGGCGAAAAGGAACAUACUCUGGACAUGGUGACAAUGAUGAUGAAGAACCAAUGCAAAAACCUAGAGAAAUAUACAUUCCACCAGAAUUACCUAGUGAUGAAAAAUCCUUAUUUGAAAAUGGAGUUGAAAUGGGCAUUAAUUUUGAUAAGUAUGAUAAGAUUGAAGUUAAUGUAAGUGGGGAAAAUGUACCUCAACCAAUAGAGAAAUUUGAAGCUACUGGACUUAGAAAUAUCGUGUUGGAAAAUAUAAAAAAGUCAGGAUAUACAAAACCCACUCCAGUACAGAAAUAUGCUUUCCCAAUUAUAAUGAAUGGCCGUGAUUUAAUGGCUUGUGCACAAACAGGUUCAGGAAAAACUGCUGCAUUUGCUGUUCCUAUUAUAAAUACAUUAUUAGAAAAACCUACUGAUUUAAUUAUAACUUCAACAUAUUGUGAACCACAAGUGAUUAUUGUAUCACCUACCAGAGAACUUACUAUACAAAUAUGGCAACAAAUUGUUAAAUUUUCUUUGAACUCAAUUAUAAAAACUGUAGUUGCAUAUGGUGGAACAUCUGUAAUUCAUCAAGGAGGAAAACUGUCUAAGGGUUGUCAUAUACUUGUAGCAACACCUGGAAGAUUAUUAGAUUUUCUAGAGAGAGGAAGAAUUAAAUUCUCUUCUGUUCGGUUUCUUGUCCUGGACGAAGCCGACCGUAUGUUAGACAUGGGAUUUUUGCCUAGUAUUGAAAAGAUCGUAGAUCACGAGAGUAUGGUUCCUCUGGGUGAAAGGCAAACGUUAAUGUUUUCUGCUACUUUCCCAGAUGAGGUACAACACUUGGCAAAAAGAUUUCUAAACGAUUAUCUAUUUCUCGCAGUUGGUAUUGUAGGUGGAGCAUGUUCAGAUGUAGAACAAAAUUUUUACGAAGUUGCCAGAAACAAAAAAAAAGAUUUACUCAGAGAAGUCUUAGAGAGAGAAAAUGAUGCAGGCAGAUUAAGUGGUACCUUAGUGUUUGUUGAAAUGAAAAAAAAAGCAGACUUUAUUGCUGUUUUUUUAUCUGAGAAUAAUUAUCCUACUACCAGUAUCCAUGGCGAUAGAUUACAAAGACAAAGAGAAGAAGCAUUAGCUGAUUUUAAAACUGGAAGAAUGUCUAUUUUAGUAGCUACAGCUGUUGCUGCUAGAGGUUUAGAUAUAAAAAAUGUAUCACAUGUUAUAAAUUACGAUUUACCAAAGGGAAUUGAUGAAUAUGUUCAUCGAAUUGGAAGAACUGGUCGCGUUGGAAACAGAGGAAAAGCGACUUCCUUUUUUGAUCCUGACGAUGAUGGACACCUGCGAACUGAUCUUAUUAGGAUACUGAAACAAGCGAGUCAACCUGUUCCAGACUGGUUAAUGGGUGGAAACGCGAACCGAAACUUUAUGCCUGGAAAGGGCAGUAAGUUUGGAGGAGCAGAUGUCAGAGGAUUUGAAACAACUGGAGACGAAUAUGCCGAAGAAGUAUCCAGACAACCCCCCGCUGAACAGCAGCUUGAACCAGAAGACGAAUGGUAG